UCCUCAACUGGGCCAUGAUGAUGAGGAGGAUGCAGGUAUGUCGUUUGUGUCCGAUUUGGUUACAAAUAAUAUAUUAUUUCUCAAAAGUAUCCUCAUUUUCGUGGUACUCAAUCAUGUGCAGAGGGGAAUAGCAGGUUAUGCGUCUCCGUUAGAGACUACUACUGUUACAUGCUGCAAACAUGGCCUGCGAUCUUCAAUCCCAUACUCUGUGGAGCACGCCUGCUGCAGCAAUGGGCGGUCGACAUGUACAUCAAGAUUGAGAGUUGUCGGUUGAGGUGGUACAGGAAGAACCAGACGCAGAUUCGUGCCGACUUGUAUAAAGGAGUUGUUGAUGCGAUCACAUCGGGGGAGACGAGAGCAAGCGCUGUUGGCACCCGAAUAGUUCUCCCUGGAACAUACCCUGUUGGCGACCGCGACAUGAAGAAGAGGCAUAUGGAUGCCAUGGCAAUUGUCCAUACAUACGGGAAGCCUGACAUCUUCUUGACCAUGACUUGCAACCCUAAAUGGGAAGAGAUAACAAAUGAGUUGCUUCCUGGUCAGACGACGCAAGAACGACCUGAUAUUGUGGCUCGCGUGUUCUACGGCAAACUAGAGGCUAUGAAAUACAUGUUGUUCAAGAAGCAUAUCCUGGGUGUUGUGGUCGCUUACGUUUACGUAGUCGAGUUCCAGAAGAGGGGCCUCCCCCAUGCACAUUUUCUGUUGAUCAUGGAUUCAACAUAUAAGCUUGUCGUCCCGGAGCAGUAUGACCGACUAAUUUCCGCAGAGCUCCCAAACAAGCAGAAGUAUCCGGAAUUGCAUGCAUUGGUGGUAAAACAUAUGAUGCACGGACCCUGCGGUGCUCUCAACCCGAAGAAUGUUUGCAUGCAAGAUAAUGAAUGCAAGUGCAGAUACCCGCGCCCGUUCAAUGAGAACACAGCACAAGGCAAGGACUCACACCCAGUUUAUCGGCGUAGAGACGAUGGAAGCUGUGCUAAGGUCCGAGGGAAAAUGUUGGACAACAGAUGGGUUGUGCCUUAUAACCCUUACCUUCUGCGGAUGUUCAAUUGCCACAUCAACGUUGAGGUCUGCUCUAGCAUAAAGGCCGUCAAAUAUCUUUACAAGUACAUUUACAAGGGCCAUGAUAAGGCUUCUUUCAGCAUCGACCAGCCCGAUGCCGAUGGUAACAUCGAUGAGAUCAAGAGAUACGUUGACGCAAGGUGGGUCACCCCUCCGGAGGCUAUGUGGAGGAUAUUUGGCUUCCCACUUUGCGCCAAUUACCCGCCUGUCUUGCAGUUGCCUCUUCAUCUCCCAAAUAUGCACAGGGUUGCAUUCAAUGCGCAGGCUGACUUGAAAAAUGUUGUCGCCUCCGAAAAUGCUUCAAAAUCCAUGUUAACGGAGUAUUUCAAGGCUAACCAGGAACACCCUCGGGCUAGGCAUAUAUUGUACAAGGAUUUUCCCGGAAGCUUCACGUGGCAGAAGAAAAAGAAGUUUUGGAAGCCUAGGGUCGAGCGUUUUCAAAUAGGUCGCAUCGUGUCUGCCAAUCCUGCCGAGGGGGAGCGAUACUACCUGCGUGUGUUGCUAAACCAUGUUACGGGCAAAACAUCCUUCGACGACUUGCUCACCGUGGACGGCGUGCUAUGUGGGAGCUUUAGAGAUGCUGCUGAAAGGUUGGGACUCAUCGAGGCAGACAACACACUCGACGACUGUCUUACUGAGGCUGAGCAGUGGGCGAUGCCAUGUUCUCUUAGGAGGCUCUUCGCAACCAUCUUGGUGCACUGCGAGCCAGGUGACGUGCGCGGUUUAUGGGAUAGGCACCUCGAGCCUAUGUCAGAUGACUAUCGUCGAACACGCACGUCCCCGAACGAGGUGGAGCAGAUGGUGUUGCUUGACAUUAGGGGUAUGUUGCAGUCCAUGGGUACAGACAUUGUUGAUUUCGCUCUGCCAAGCAUCGAUGAUGCGUUUGACCCAACCGAGGGCGAGGCAAGAGAGGUCAUCGAGGAAUCAACCGUUGAGUUUGACAUGGAUGACACUAAAUUGGCAUCUUCCCUGAACUUGGAGCAGAGGGCCGCAUACGACGAGAUACUAGCGGCUGUUGAACGCGGUGAUGGGGGUGUAUUCUUUGUUGAUGGCCCUGGAGGUACAGGAAAGACCUUCCUAUACAGGGCGAUGCUUGCCAAGGUGAGGAGCGAUGGCAAGAUUGGUAUCGCUACCGCGACGUCGGGCGUCGCCGCUUCUAUCAUGCCUGGCGGCAGGACUGCCCACUCGAGGUUCAAGAUCCCAUUGAGUUGCGAUGAUGGAGCCUCGUGCAGCUUCACCAAGCAGAGUGGGACCGCGAAGCUGCUAAGGAUGGCCUCAUUGAUAAUAUGGGACGAGGCCAGCAUGACGAAGCGACAAGCGGUCGAGGCAUUGGACAAUAGCAUGCGCGACAUUAUGGGAAUACGCGACCGACCCUUUGGAGGAAAGACUGUUGUUUUUGGUGGGGACUUUAGGCAGGUGCUUCCGGUCGUCAGAAGGGGGUCGCGGGGCCAGAUAAUUGAUGCAACCCUCCGAAGUUCUCAUCUAUGGAAGGGUAUGCGGCAGCUUCGGCUCAUCACCAACAUGAGGGCUCAUAAUGACACGUGGUUUGCAGAUUACUUGCUAAGGGUCGGCAAUGGCACUGAGGAUGUCGACGAUCAAGGCAACAUACUACUCCCUGAAGACAUCUGUCUGCCGUCUACAGGCGAGGUUGACGACCUGGAGAAGCUUAUUGACCACGUGUUUCCGAGUCUAGAUGACAACAUGUCUGAUUCGAAUUACAUGACAUCUCGCGCAAUCCUUUCCACGACAAACGACAAUGUCGACAAGAUAAACAUCCGCAUGAUAGAGCGUUUUCAUGGAGAUGAAGUAAUCUACCAUAGCUUUGACAGUGCGGAGGACGACCCAUAUGGCUACUACGCUCAGGAGUUUCUGAAUGGAUUGACUCCUAACGGUCUUCCUCCGCAUGCACUCAAGCUAAAGCUGAACUGCCCUGUCAUACUUCUAAGGAACAUUGAUCCAGCUAAUGGACUGUGUAACGGCACUAGGCUUGUUGUUAGAGGUUUUGAGAGGAACACCAUUGAUGCAGAAAUCGUGAUUGGACAACACGCUGGCAGGAGGGUCUUCCUUCCUCGAAUACCUCUCUGCCCAUCUGAAAACGACAUGUUUCCGUUCAAGUUUAAAAGGAAGCAAUUUCCUAUAAGGCUUAGCUUUGCUAUGACCAUUAACAAGGCUCAAGGGCAGACCAUCCCGAUUGUUGGUGUGUACCUACCCAAUCCCGUGUUCUCUCAUGGUCAGCUCUAUGUUGCUCUGUCUCGAGCCACCGCGAAAAGAAAUAUAAAGAUACUCAUUCAGAAGGAGAAGCCGAAGGAGAAGGCCAACAAGCAAAAGGACAAUCCAAAGAAGCGAAAAAGACCGACCGUGUCCUUACUGACGUCGAUGAAGAACAUCGUCUACAAGGAAGUCCUUACAGGCUGA